AUGGCAGCUAAUCUAUUCUACAAACUACCGAAAGAGCUCAUAUCUCUCAUCUUCAAAGCGAUGGACUCGACAAAAGAUCUUCUGAACCUGAUCUUGGCGUCGCGCCACUGUCAAAAGAUCUUUGCUGAAGCGCCGAACAUCGUCCUGCUCCGCCGUCUGAAAUCAGCUGUUCCUCCGCUACUAUGGUCAGAGUUUUGUGCCGCCAAUUUUGUUCUGUCGAAUUUCCACCCUGUUACGGACCCAAACCUACUUGGCGCAGACGAGGAAAACAUGGACGCCUUUCUCGAGCGGUAUUUCGGCCCUCCCGAUGCAGCUUUUGAGCUCCCCAGGUCAAUGGAGAGCGUAGCGGCCGCUCACAAGUUACACUGCGCCAUCUCUUCUUCCAUAGUCGACCUCACGCAAAAGAUGGCGCUCGAGGCACACAGGCUGUGUGGGAGCAUCGACGACGACAGCGACGACAGUGACCAAGAGUCGCAGACCGAGGGCGGGCUCUGCGACGAGGCUUCCUUGGAAACCAAAAUCUCUGAGACGGAGCAAGUUCGGCUAUAUAGAGCCUUUUUGCGUUUUGAGAUUUACGCGCGGCUCUUUCGACCCGCCCACAGGGAUGGAGAGGUACAAGACUAUCAGGGAGAGACGCAGUUCCGAAAGUUCCUGUCCCAUUUUGCGCCGUGGGAGGUGGAAGAAAUCACCACUGUUCAUCAGUAUCUCGCUGAUAUUGUUGAGAAUUCGAUGGAAGAAAUGGAUCGCGACUUCGAAGCCGAGGUGCGUCGUCUUGCCGCCAAAGCAGCUCGCGAAAAGGCGAUGCGUCAGACCCCAGCACCGGCGUAUGCAUGGACAAAUUUCGCUCAAAUGGACGCCACCCCGCUGCUUCAAUUCUCCAAUGAGCACCGUUGGGUCUCCAUUGGUUAUGUCAGCUCGAUAACCGCCUCCGGCAUUGUCUACCUAUCGGCAUUCGCUCGAAGCGACAAGACGGCGCGCUUCACAUGCCUGCGCAGGCUCAACGACACCUGGGGCCCGUUCCUCACCGACGCCUUGCCGAGCCACUACGUUGGCGGAAAGCCCGUCUUCGGAUUCUCGACCACUCGCCCAAGGCGUCGUUUUGUCCCCUUCAAUCCUUUCAGGGAGGUCCCCGCGCCGGUCGGCCCGCCAGACGGAUCCCCCGAGUCGCCCACCGCGCCAAACCAAGGCUACGUCUGCCACAUGGCGCGAACAGGCGGCUAUCUGCAGGUCGCGGACUUGAAGUGGGCUCAGCUUCGCCAGCUCGGGUGCGUUUUCUGGGAUGCGGCCAGACUCGGCACAGGCGUGCUCCGAGAGGCCAUCUGCGAGGUCGAGCACGGGAACUAUGUGCCGCGUGUGGCUGCUUUUCCGCGGAUGGGGCGCGCCCCCGAAGGCGCAAUCAACCAUAUACGUCUACCAGUUGGAGAUUAUUGGCGUCUUGAGCAGGAAUUUGGAGCUUUGAGGGCGGAAUGA